GAGCUCGUUCGCAAGCCAGGUCCUUUCUCGCAUCCAAACUCAACUCUUCUCCCCAAAAAAGAUGAAGGCAUUCAACAACGCGCACCUCUGGACGGUUGUCGCCUUUCUUCUCGCACUGACCGUCGGUGGAGCGCUCGGCAAACGUGGCAUCUUUUCCAACGUGAACCCCAAGGGAGAGUUGAGCUACUUUAGAGGGGCGAUCGCACCGACCGAUGUGCUGUGCCUUAAGUUCUAUAUCGGCAAGAAGACGACCCUGCCGCUGCAGGUUCCCGUGCUGACCAAUCUUCCUCUGAGUGCCAUCAAGGCCACCGCGUGGGAGUUUAACAAAAUUGGCUUCCAAAUGGACGUUCAGAUUGGCGGUUUGGGCACCAUGACGACGGUUCUUAACUUCCAUGGUCCGGACAAGGCACUGUACCCGAUUGAGGUGGAGUGUUACUGUGCUGCUGCACCACCUGCUGUGCCAUGAAAUUAACAAAUCAACUUGAUGAAAGAAAAUUAAUUCCAAAAUCCUGACCUGAACCAAUAAAUCUCCGGUUGCUUCACUUUUAA